UUGGUUUUAUGUUGAUUAAUUGUGCUGCCCUAAUCUCUACUUUGUUAGAAAAAUGCUUACAUUCAUGAAUUCAGAAAUCUGUUAACUACAGUUUGUGGAGUGAGGUUGAAUGUAAAUAGAAUAAAGAACACUUCUUCACACUGUAGCAGGGAGGGCACUGCCAUCGCAAACCGACUCCAGCCACAUUCCUGUGGUCAGCCAGAGAAUAUGUUUUUAGAUGGGUAUGUUUGUACGUGUGUGUGUGGAAAAAACCCUGUUUGUUUUGGACGGAUGGUUGUUCGGGGGCUGGUAAAGGCUUCAUUACAGUGACCCACCUCCUUGUUUGCCCCCCUCCUUCCAUCUCUCCUUCUGGCAUCCUUCCCACCUGCAUAUUAUUAGACUGCCAUGCAGGGAAGAUGAUCAAGGCGGGAAAAUACCAACAGCCUCAAAAUGGAGGCCCGGGAGGGAUCGCACAGGAACGGUGUUUUGGGAAUCGUUUCUGUGUGGAAGGUCGUUCUGCUCGUUUACAUCUCGUUAUGCCUCAGAGCCCAGCUUGUCAACUGACAGUCUCCCAGUCCAACAGCAGUUUAAAGAAACACAGGAACAGAAGUAUCUUUAGUCCCUUCUUCUGCUGUUUCCGGGACUAUAAUGCGGAACCACCAGCCACCAACAACAAGACCUGCUCCCUCCCUCCACCUGCAGAGGAGAACAGCAGCCCUCCAAAGUGUGAUCAGGUCCAGGCCAUCCCUAUUCCCAGUCCUCCAGCCAAAUACCUCUUGCCUGAGGUCAGCAUUAAUGAUUAUGGCAAGAACUGUGUGGUCAUUGACCUGGACGAGACCCUCGUGCACAGCUCCUUCAAGCCCAUCAGCAACGCAGACUUUAUUGUCCCUGUGGAGAUUGACGGGACAGUUCAUCAGGUCUACGUACUGAAGAGGCCUCACGUGGAUGAGUUUCUGCAGAAAAUGGGCGAACUGUUUGAAUGUGUUCUUUUUACAGCCAGCCUGGCUAAGUAUGCUGACCCUGUAGCAGACCUGUUGGACCGUUGGGGUGUGUUCAGGGCCCGGCUCUUCAGGGAAUCCUGUGUGUUCCACCGGGGGAACUACGUCAAAGACCUCAGCCGACUGGGCCGAGAGCUCAACAAAGUCAUCAUAGUGGACAACUCACCUGCCUCCUACAUCUUUCAUCCAGAAAACGCUGUGCCGGUGCAGUCGUGGUUUGAUGACAUGACAGACACAGAGCUGCUGGAUUUACUGCCACUGUUUGAAGGCCUGAGCAAAGAGACGGACGUUUACAGUGUGUUACAGAGCCUGAAGGCCAGGUAGCAUACGGGUCCAGCACUGCCUCGCAAACACAAACACCCCCUCCAGCUUCUCAGGCCCUGGCCUCUAGAGGACACCACUCACCCAACAAACGCCACUCCAUCUCCCUCAAUGGACCAACGGCCAACAGAAUUCCUUGGCAAGCAAAUAUACAGUAUACACUUAGUUCAUUUCAACUUUUGAUGCAGAUUUAAAGAGAAACACAAGAGUUUACUAUCCUUAAGUAUAUUUACCAGGAAAAAGAACAAGACGUACUAUUUUCUGGACCGGCGUGAAAACGGAACUUUUCUUUUUUCUUCUGUUCAGGCUAUGCAGGCAGUCUUUUGAGUGGCGUUAUCUGUAGUUCCAACAACUGUGAUUUACUUUUUCUCGUUCUCUCGUACCAAGUGCCUUCUGACUUGUUUUUAUGGGGACACAAAUGAGUUUUUGUAUGCUGCAUAUUUACAGUUCGAAACCUUUAAACAAACACUUGCUGUAAGAGCGAACGUUUGAGUCUUUUGACAUUCGUGAAGACUUUUCUGUGACGGUCGGAAGGGCCCUCCAUUGGACUGAAUGAUAUUAUCGGAGAUGAUGAUGUCAUUAUUUUCUUGGGUUCUUGUAUGCCUUCGAAAGUAUAGCAUAUAAGCGUUGUGUUCAAAAGAAACGUUUGCAUCUAUUACCAACUGUGAUUUGAAUUAAUAAUACAAUAUAUUGUGAAAAAAAAAAAACUAAAGUUGAUCAACAAUCCAAUACGUCAGGAUCUGAAAUAAAUAAUCAUCAUUAUUAAAAUAAAAGAUGCAAUCAAUAUA